GUGCGAGUAGACUCUUGCAGAGUGUGGGGGUGUGCAGGAGGGGGUGGAGAGAAGCUCCGUCGGCUUGAUCUCACAAACACUCUGAUUUUUGUGUUCAACCGGAGGGGUCAGAAAAAGAGAGAGAGAGCGGACGAGUUGAGUUUAGUAAGUCAGAACGAAGUGAAGCGGUUACCCGAGAGCAUGUAGUGAAAAAAAACAGCAUGCCAAGGCUGUUGCCGAGGGCUUUUAGUCUCCGCGCGAGCUGUUGGUCGUGCGCACACCGGCUGGCUCGUGCACCGGUUGAAGUCUCCCGCGUACUCCAUGCGAAACCUCACCGCACCGGAUGGCUCUAACGUCACAUGCGGAUCCCAACUCCAGGGAAUGGAGAUUUCUGAACUGGAGUUUGUGCAGAUCGUGAUCAUAAUCAUCGUGAUGACUGUGAUGGUCGUGGUGGUCGUGUGCCUGCUCAAUCACUACAAACUCACCACAUGGUCGUUCCUGAGCCGGGCUAGUCAGGCACAGAGUCAGGAUCUCUCUCUGCAGCCGGAGGGUUCUCUGUGGCCAUCAGAUAAUGGGCUGAGACAAGGAGCAUCUGAGGUGGUGUAUGCUCCUCAGCCGAGGGACCGCUUCACCGCUCCCACUUUCAUGCAGCACAACCGCUUCAGACGUUUCCAGCCUACCUACCCGUACCUGCAGCAUGAGAUCGAUCUGCCGCCCACCAUCUCGCUGUCAGACGGAGAGGAGCCGCCGCCGUACCAGGGCCCCUGCACACUGCAGCUGAGAGACCCCGAACAGCAGCUCGAGCUCAACCGAGAGUCGGUACGCGCUCCGCCUAACCGGACCAUCUUCGACAGCGACCUCAUUGACAUGCACAGUUCAGGUGGUGGCGGUGGCCCGCGGCCUCCCAGUAGCAACUCUGGGAUCAGCGCAGCCAGUACCCAUGGACGCAUGGAGGGCCCUCCGCCCGCUUACAGCCAAGUCGUCGGGCAGCAGUCGGGCAUCGUACUUUACCUCCACCAGCACAGCAAUAACCCACCCAUCCCCGUCACAGUGCAGACUCCGCCCAGGGGCCGGACAGAUUUAAACAGCCCAGAGAGCACAAUAGCGCUGAGCAAAGACCGACAGAGGGAGGAGCUGGUGUAAGGGGGCGGGGCUAGCGAUCACUCUCUACCCACAAAGGGAACGGGUUCUCCCUCCUGACACUCCUGUGCACAACAGCGCUUAAUGCGUCUUCGCGACGAAAGCGAAACCAUGCGUUUUGUUUUUAUUGUUUGUUUGUUUAUUUGUUUCGUUUUUUAAAAAUAACAAUAUGGAGCUGAGCUUACGAAAGAAAACCAUUUAAAUUAGUUUUCGGUCAGUCCAGCUGCGCUAAAACUGGGGUUUAUGCACUGCCUGGAGUCUCCCACCUUUGUUGCUCUGUAUUACUUCUGUAUAGCCGACAAAUUUAGAGAAAGUUAUUCGCGCACAAGACAGGCUUUUUUUUGUUGUUGUCGUUGCUGUUGUUGUUCUUGUUGGUUUUAUUGUUGUAUUCCUCUUGAAUGCCCCCCUUCUGCCCGAACCACAUGUCAUAUACUAGCUGUGUGGAUUAGAAAUUUUUUUUUUUUUUUUUUCCUUUUUUCCUUUUUUCGUUUCGUUUUAUUUAAUGACCGAGAUCUGUGCAGCAUGAACAAAACAAAUGCGAAAAAGGGUGAAAAUCCAAAUCCUAGUGCCAAGGUUUAUGCGGAAGGUGUCACGGGGCGUUGACUGUCUUAAAGACUUGUUAUACAUUUAAAUCAAAACCCUUUUCUGAACUUUGCACUAUUGUUAAUCAGAGAGAUUUGGGAGUGGGGUAGUGGGAAGGGGGGUGAUAUAUAUGUUUACUGUUUGUACUGUCGUUUUCGUGUGGUUUCCGAAGAUAUGCUUCAGUGCAAGCUUUCUACCGGAGGGAAGUGAUCUUGUCUGUCUUCAGCACAAGAAAAAUCUCUGAUCCAGCCUAAAAUAACCUUGAUCUAAAAGAGGCACAGAAUACAGAGAGUCUGCUCUACUCUCAUCUAUCCUCACCACUGACACGUUCUGCCACUUUCACAGACUCCAGCUGAUCCGAGGUCAGUUGGCUGGUGGCACGGUUGACAUUUUGCCUGAAAAAACUCACUUCAGUAAGAAAACUGAACAGGUUUGACAUGUUUUGAGAUUAUUGGUUUGUUUGUUUGUUUUUUUCCCCCUCGAACUUUACAACUUUAUUUGCAUCAUCUGUUUAUUAUAUUAUUUUUAGUAUUUUAUAUAUUGAUUUUAAAAUGUGUAUAUAAAGGAAGACUAAAAAUAAUAAAAAGUAUAUAAUGCUUUAAUAAUAUAUGUCUUAAAAAUGUUCAUUAGUAGGAAACAAUUA